AUGGCCUUGACAGACGAGAAACCGACCGGGUCGCAAAUUUCGGACCCGGAACGCGAUUUGGAUCUCAAGAGCUCGAUCGUCGCGGGGUUUGAGGACCCAGACGAAGGACUGAGCGAGGAAGAACGUGCUGCGAUCGAUCGAAAACUGCUGUGGAAACUCGAUAUUCGACUGGUGCCCUGGCUGAGUCUGCUCUACCUGGUCUCAUUUCUGGAUCGGACCAACAUCGGCAAUGCAAAACUCGUCGGGCUGCAAGAAGACCUGGGCAUGUCAAACGCCCAGUUCAAUGCCACGCUCACCAUCUUCUUCGUCUCGUACUCGAUCUUCGAACCCGCCACCAACGUCCUGCUCAAGCGCCUGCGCCCGAGCAUCUUCAUUCCACUGAUCAUGAUGUCAUGGGGAAUCUGCAUGACAUUGAUGGGCAUAGUCCACAACUACGCCGGCCUCAUGGCCGUGCGCUGGUUCCUGGGCCUCUCGGAAGCGGGACUCUUCCCCGGCGUGGGCUACUUCCUCUCGUGCUGGUAUAAACGGUCCGAAUUCGGAGUGCGCAUGGCUAUCUUCUUCUCCGCCGCCGCUCUCGCUGGGUCCUUUGGAGGUCUCCUCGCUGCGGCGAUUGCAAAAAUGCAUGGCGUGGGCGGACUGGCGGGGUGGUCGUGGAUUUUCAUCCUGGAAGGCCUGUUGACCUUCCUGAUUGGCGUGGCCUCGUUCUGGUGUGUUUAUGACUUCCCAGACCAGGCGCGCUUCCUCUCCAGUGACGAUCGCAAGCGGGUACUGCGACGGUUGGCGUUGGAUCAGCAGUCGAGUGCUGAGCAUGAGGAGUUCAAGAUGGACUACUUUUGGGCCAGUGUGAAGGAUUGGAAGACCUAUACUGGGGCCGUGAUUUAUAUGGGAGCGGAUGGUGCGCUCUAUGCGUUCUCACUCUUUGUGCCGACCAUCAUCAGCUACAGUUCCAUUCGAGCUCAGUUGCUCAGUGUUCCCCCUUAUGCAGCAGCAGCAAUCUUGACCGUGACGGUGGGCUUUAUUGCGGAUCGUACCCGUCAGCGAGGGCUGUGCAACAUUGCCGUUUCGCUCCUCGGCAUGGUCGGAUUCUCCAUGUUACUGGGCUGCGAGUCUGCCGGGGGACGCUACGCCGGAGUGUUCCUCGGCGCCAUGGGCAUCUACCCAGCCAUCGCAAACACCAUCUCUUGGACGAGUAACAAUACCGAAGGCGUGUACAAGCGCGGUGUCUCUCUGGGCUUCAUUAUCGGCUGGGGUAACCUCAACGGCAUUGUGUCCUCCAACAUCUACCGCGAGGACGACAAGCCGCGAUACUACCCCGGCCAUGGCGUCGUGCUCGGCUACCUGGUUCUGUUCCUAUUUGGCGGGUCUGUGGUGCAGUAUCUGCUGCUGCGCCGCGAGAAUGGCAAACGUCGCCGUGGCGAGCGCGACGCCUGGGUGGAGGGAUUGGAUCAAAGUCAAAUCGACCUGCUGGGCGACAAACGCCCGGAUUUCAUUUACACGCUGUAG